CCCAUUGGUAGAUCAGGUAUGGGUUCCGCCUUCUCUUGCUUCGGCGCUUCCUAUUGGGUGGCGCUGAGAAAGAGCGCAUUCUGGGAAUUGUAGUCUCCUUGAGCCGCUUGGUGUGUGUGGCGUGGGUCUGCAGCUUCUGAGGAGAUGAAUGGGAAACGGCCCCCUGACCCUAACCCGGACCGGGUGGGGAAGAAGAGGAAGAAGGAGGUGAUGGUGGAGUUUUCGGACGCGGUCACGGAGGAAGUCUUGAAGAAGCAGGUGGCUGAGGCCUGGAGCUGCAGGACGCCGUUCAGUCACGAAGCCAUUAUCAUGGACAUGGACCCCUUUCUUCAUUGCGUGAUCCCAAACUUCAUCCCAAGUCAGAACUUCUUGGAAGGGCUUCAGAAGGAGCUUUUGAGCUUGGACUUCCAUGAAAAGUAUAAUGAUUUAUAUAAGUUCCAGCAGUCUGACGACUUGAAGAAGAGAAAAGAGCCUCACAUCCGUGCUUUAAGGAAAAUUCUGUUUGAAGAUUUCCGGGCUUGGCUUUCUGACAUUUCCAAGAUUGACCUGGAAUCAACCAUUGACAUGUCCUGUGCUAAAUAUGAAUUCUCAGAUGCCCUGCUCUGCCACGAUGAUGAGCUGGAGGGGCGCCGGAUCGCCUUCAUCCUUUACCUGGUUCCUCCCUGGGACAGGAGCUUGGGGGGCACCCUGGAUCUGUACAGCGUUGAUGAACACUUCCAGCCGAAGCAGAUUGUCAAGUCCCUUAUCCCUUCGUGGAACACACUGGUUUUCUUUGAAGUGUCUCCAGUGUCCUUUCACCAGGUGUCUGAAGUCCUGUCUGAAGAAAAGUCACGUCUAUCUAUAAGCGGCUGGUUUCAUGGUCCUUCCCUGACCAGGCCUUCCACCUACUUUGAACCUCCCAUACCCCGGAGCCCUCAUAUCCCGCGAGAUCAUGAAAUUUUAUAUGAGUGGAUCAACCCUACUUAUCUGGACAUGGAUUACCAAAUUCAAAUUCAAGAAGAGUUUGAACAACAGUCUGAAAUUCUCCUGAAGGAGUUCCUUAAGCCCGAGAAAUUUGCAGCGGUCUGUGAGGCUUUGGAGAAAGGAGGUGUGAAAUGGAACAGCCAAGGGCCCCCUAACAAAAGGUUUUAUGAGAAAGCCGAGGAGAGCACGCUUCCCGACAUUCUCCAGGACUGCAUGACCUUAUUUCGCUCCGAGGCACUGUUCUUGCUGCUGUCCAACUUCACAGGCCUCAAACUUCAUUUCUUGGCCCCUUCCGAAGAAGAGGAGACAGAGGGCACAAAAGAGGGAGAAGCAGCCGCUGGUUCUGAGAGCACUGAAGAAGGGACGAGCUAUAGCUCCUCGGAGCCAGAGAAUAAUCUGGCAGCUGCCAGCAACAACAGCCAGCAGAGCGAUGAACAGGCAGACCCAGAGCCAGAGGAAAACGAAGCCAAGGAAGAAUCAAGUGUUCCCACGUGCCAGGGGGAACUGAGGCGUUGGCAGACUGGUCACUACACUUUAAUCCAUGACAACAGCAAGACUGAAUUUGCUCUGGACUUACUUCUUUACUGUGGCUGUGAAGGCUGGGAGCCUGAAUAUGGUGGCUUUACUUCCUACAUUGCCAAAGGGGAAGAUGAAGAGCUGCUAACAGUGAAUCCAGAAAAUAAUUCUUUGGCAUUGGUCUACAGAGAUAGAGAGACUCUUAAAUUUGUCAAGCAUAUUAACCACCGAAGCCUAGAACAAAAGAAAACCUUCCCAAACAGAACAGGUUUCUGGGACUUCUCAUUCGUCUAUUAUGAAUGACGGGGCUGGGCGAAGCUGAGAAGACAGACCCUUCAUCGGCACUGGAAAGGCUGGAAGAGCUGGCAUCCAGCAAAGGAGAGCUACAGGUAACCUGUCUUGACACUUCUUAAAACCACGUGGUCGGCCUUCAAUAGGACUCACAGUGAUUGUCCUCAGUCUAGACCUUGAGCUUGGGGAGUUUUUAAAUGUGGGUUUUUUGUGUGGUAAAACAUGUGACAUAAAGUUUACCAUUUUAACCAAAUUUCACCACAUGUAGUUUCUUCCCCACAGAAUACCACAAAAUACCAACUCUUGGGUUCUCUCUCCCAGAGCAGUAAUUUUUUAGCAGGAAGUUUUGGCUGCAGGGUCUCUUCAAUGCCAUUAUAUAUACUUACCACUACUAAUAGUGAGAAUGUACAAAUCCUGUUGGGAGAGUCUUUGACAGACACCAGAGGCAGGCGCUCCAGUCUUCAUGCACUGAACAUUCCCACAGAAACUGAUUCCUUCUCUGAUUGACACAAAGUCAGUCCACAUAGACAGCUCUGAAAAUCACUUAGGCACUGUCCAUGUGGUAUCAUUUUAGGAAAAGCAGAUUUCUGUACCAUACAAAUAACAAGAUAACUGAGGAGCCUGAGCACAUAGUGUGGGCAGGGGCCAGAUGGGAACGAGGAAAAAAUGCAAAACACCAGGCUGCAUGGGUGCCAUCUUGUACUUUAGUUUCAGAGUGAAAUGGGAGAUAAUUUAGUUCUGUGAUCACAGGAGACUGCUUUAGCAGACUUGUAACUGCUAAUUAUAAAAGUUAGAACUUCAGUAAUGUUGAAAAUCAUUCUUGUAAAGCAUGUCCAGAGUUGCAUAAUAGUUAUAAAGUUCCUAGUUCUUUGAUUUCUAAAACUACUGACGGCUGGCUGAGGACCAGACAGUCUCGGGCAGAGUAGCAGACGCUGUAUGUGCUGAAGGCAUUCGCUCAGCACUGUGGGGAGAUAAAGCUGAUUAAGACGCAGCCCCUGCUCUCACUUCAGAGGGACUUAAGGUUUAUAGAAACAGGAUGUAAUGAGGGUUAAGGAAUAGACAUGGGAGAGGAACGGUCUGAGAAGAGAGCAUUUCAGCUGAGCCUUCAUGUGUGUGGACAGGCAAAUAUGGUGGGAAAUAAUACAAACCAUUCUAAAAUAUUGAGUACCUGGUGGUGGUGACUUUUUCAAAGGGAUGCUCAAAAAAUGACUGAAAAGCUUUCUCCCAGAUAGCAAAAUCCUCAAGAUCAGCUUUUACAUAAAGGCCGAGUGUUCACUUAAAGCUUCAACAAAAUUCAGCAACAAAAUAGAGCUUAAAGUGUAGCUUCUAGAAGGCACCAUAUUCCAUCAGGAUAGAAACCUAGGGAGGUAACUGAUAACGAGUUUUUCUCAUCCCUAAGUUGAAUAUGGUGACUUCUAAGAAAGGAAGGUAACUGAAUGUUCUAUGAACACUUUCAUCUCAUCCAGUCCUACUUGCUUGGGAACAGUUAAAAAUAGCAGAAAGGGCCAGGACUACCUGGUUUCAAACCUCCACAUGACUCACCAAACCAAGCUGUGGGACCCUGUAGGCAAUAGUCUGCCUCUCUGAGCUCAGAGAUACUAGUAUCAAGGGGAUCGGAGUGAUGUGAAAAAACACUUACAAUAUCUUGCUUCUGGUUGGUGCCAUCAAGCCUUGCCCGUGAAUACUUUAAGGUCUAAGAAGGAAGUAUUUUGACUAAAGAACAAGAGAAUGGUGAGAUGAGAGUGUGCUAUCAGGGUCCCUACAGAAGAAAAGUGCCAUACAAUUUAAAACCAGCGCCAAGUAGAGAUUUUCACUUCAGUAGGUAUAUGUUAGACUAUGGUUGAAACUGAAAAGGGCUCAACAGUAGGACUGGAGUUUUGCCAAGAGCUCUAUGACUGGCAAGUAAUUCAUCCCUGCAUUUCGAUUUCUGCACCUUUGCCGUAGAAGAUUCUUUACUACUUCAGGGAUUACAAAAAAUAACAGUAUAUUAAGGCUGUCUUUUGCACUUACAGUUAGAAAUGCAAAACAAAGGUAUUAUAAGGCAUAAUCUCAUUAAAAUUUGGACUCCAUAAAGCUCACCUAUCAGAAAUAGGAGGCAUAAUCCUAAAGAUCAACUGGAGGAACCUAGUAAAGUUCCUUUGCCACAGAGGAAAGGCUCCUCUCCCUCAACUACUUAGGAAUGAGUACUACUAAGAUGUGAAAACGGACUAAACCAGUCCUGAAAUCAACCUUAAGGCAAAAUUUUAACUCUUAGAAAAGGAGUUGCUGCCCUGGCCAGUUUUGCUCAGUGGAUAGAGCAUCGGCCUGCGGACUCAAAGGUCCCAGGUUCGAUUCCGGUCAAGGGCACAUGCCCGGAUUGCAGGCUCGGUCCCCAGUAGGGAGCGUGCAGGAGGCAACCAAUCAAUGAUUCCCUCUCAUCGUUGAUGUUUCCAUCUCUUCUUUUCCCUUCCUCUCUGAAAUCAAUAAAAAUAUAUUUUAAAAAAGAAGAAGAGGAGUUGCUAGGUAUUGGCCCCACUUCAGCUUUCUCUUCCUGGUAAGCACGCAGCUAGGUAACAUUUCCCGGCCUGGCAGUCAGGCGUGGCCACACUGGCUGUGGAGUACGAGUGGAAAGGAGUGGGCCGUUUCCAGACCACAGCCUUGAAAAGCUUUUCCUCUUCUGCUGGCUUGGACAGAAAUAACUGCAAGGCCUUAGGACAACCCUGGUCCCGUAGAGUUUCAAGUGAGAGGGAAGCCCCAAGGCCAUAAGGUCCUCACUGCCUGCAGUAGAAGUGGUCGCUCCAGUCAUUCCUGAGGCAGGUGUCUCUAGAGCAGCGGUUGCCAGCCGGUGGUCUGUGAGGUCCAAAAGGUU